UCAUUGCAUUUAGGUAGCAAAAUAUUUUGUUUUAUGAACAUUAAAUACAAUAUUUUUAUUAUACAAUAUAUUCAUCGAAUCAAGAUUUUUUUUUUGGGUUUUCUUACAGUUUAUCUUCUCCCAUGAUCAUUAUAAAUAUUUGUCAGAUGUAAUAACACAUUUCCCAAGAAACUCUCAAUUCGUUGCAGCAAGAUGAAAACCAAAUUGCUUAUCUUCUUGUACUCAUGUGUGAUACUUUUUUGCUUUGUUGGUGCAAUUGAACCUCCCAAGUAUAAGAAACAAUUUGGUGAAACAAAAGAAAUAAAAGCAAGUAUUGAGUUAGAUGGUUACGCAAUAUAUGAAGGCGGACUUGUUGUCUGGAAUAGCGGUGGAAGUGUCAUAGGCUAUUCCUACAUUGGAAAAGGUACAAACGACAAUGGAAAUAUAAUAAGCUUUCCCAAAGGUGGAAAAAAUGGUGAUGGUAGAAAUAAAAUUUUGGGACGUAAUUCAUUUCUUGGUAAAGUUUCUAUGGGAAACUAAUGCUUAUACAUGUAUAACAUAUUUCAUAU